AUGCGCGAGAUUAUAUCCCUCUCUGCCGGCCAAUGUGGCAACCAAGUCGGCGCCGCCUUCUGGGAGACCAUCUCCCGCGAGCAUGGCCUCGACACCCAAGGCGCCUACCACGGCGAUGCCGAGGUCCAACGCGCCCGCAUGGGCGUCUACUUCAACGAGGGAGCUCGUGAGCGAUACGUCCCGCGUGCUGUGCUCGUCGAUCUGGAGCCUGGCGCCGUUGACGCUGUUCGCAGUGGUCCUUACGGCGGCCUGUUUCGCCCGGACAACAUUGUGACUGGGCAGUCGGGCGCCGGCAACAACUGGGCCAAGGGCCAUUACACCGAGGGUGCUGAGCUCGUCGACGACGUGCUCGAUGUUGUUCGUCGCGAGGCCGAAGGCUGUGAUUGCCUGCAGGGCUUCCAGAUUACCCACUCUGUCGGCGGUGGCACCGGCGCAGGCAUGGGAACACUUCUUCUUGCCAAGGUGCGCGAGGAGUUCCCAGACCGCAUCAUGGCCACCUACUCUGUGAUCCCGUCCCCCAAGGUCUCCGACACCGUUGUGGAGCCGUACAACGCCACGCUGUCAAUCCAUCAGCUUGUUGAGAAUGCAGAUGAGACCUUCUGUAUCGACAACGAGGCGCUUUACGAUAUCUGCAACCGCUCCUUGAAGCUUGCACACCCAUCGUACGGUGAUCUCAACCACCUGGUUUCGACCGUCAUGUCAGGUAUCUCGACCUCGCUCCGCUUCCCCGGUCAGCUCAACUCGGACCUGAGAAAGCUGGCCGUUAACAUGGUGCCGUUCCCGCGACUGCACUUCUUCAUGGUGGGCUCGGCGCCCUUGACGAGCACUACGCCCGGCGCGAAAGCCUUCCGCAACAUGAACACUCAGGCCCUUACGCAGGAGAUGUUCGAUCCGAGAAACAUGAUGGCGGCGUGUGACUUCCGUAAUGGCCGCUUCUUGACCUGCUCUGCGAUCUUCCGCGGCAAGGUUUCCGGAAAGGAAGUUGAGGACCAGAUCCGCACGCUCCAGGACCGCAACUCAUCGUACUUUGUUGACUGGAUCCCCAACAACAUCCAGACCACCCUCUGCGAGGUGCCGCCCAAGGGACUGGCACUGGGCGGAACGUUCGUGGGCAACUCGACCUCGCUGCAGGAGAUCCUGAAGCGCGUUGGCGAUCAGUUCUCGGCCAUGUUCCGGCGCCGUGCUUUCUUGCAUUGGUACACGAACGAGGGCAUGGACGAGAUGGAAUUCACUGAGGCCGAGUCCAACUUGAACGAUCUGAUCAGCGAGUAUCAGCAGUACCAGGACGCCUCCAUCGACGACGAUGUCGAGGAGGAGUACCCGGAGGAGAUGGAUGACGGAGGCGCUGAAGAGGCCGAGUGA